UCCAAACAUCGACAAUCGAAGAGAUCUCCACUUUCGUUCUCUCCACCAUGUCUAGACAGGACAAAGCUACGACCGAUCGAUUCACACGAACGCUUCGCGAGCUAGUCAAACUGGCGGAAAACAAAGUCUGUGCUGACUGCAAACGCAACGGCGAGUGACUGGCUUCGUUCAUCGAUGAUUUCGCGGGGCUCAAUACAAUCUUCGACAGACCCGCGAUGGGCGUCAUGGAACCUUGGGGUGUUCCUGUGUAUCAGAUGCUCUGGUAUACAUAGGGGGAUGGGUACACAUAUCAGCAAGGUCAAAUCUGUGGACCUGGACGUGUGGACGCCCGAGCAGAUGGCAAGCAUUCAAAAGUGGGGAAAUAGGCUCGCCAAUCUUUACUGGGAAGCGCACUUGAAACCGGGACACAUCCCACCCGACCACAAGAUGGAAUCUUUCAUUCGGUCCAAGUACGAAUCACGUCGCUGGGCCCUCGAGGGUCCUCCUCCGCCCGAUCCGUCACUGUUGGAUGGCGACGCGACAACAGCUACUGUCCCCGAAAGUACACCCGCGCCUGCUGCUGCCUCUCCUCAGACUGCCACUCCCUGGUCUGGACCUCCUGCCCCGCGUGUUUCCAGUCCCACUGUGACAUCACAGCCUCAAGCCCGCCAACUGUUGUCGACGAGACAUAAUCACGCUCCCCCGGCUCAGCAGACUGCUGCUGCUGCUGCAUCCCCUCCCGCCGCAUCCAAGCCACAGGACGAUCUUUUUUCGCUGGAUUUCCGCUCCCCGCCGGUUGGGGCUUCACAGUCAUCGUCCCCGCCGCCUGCGAAGAAUGCCAAGGAAGAUAUCUUGUCUCUUUUUUCUGCUGCGCCAGCAGCGACAGUACCUGCAUCAUCACACGUCGCCCAACCGUUCGGGCAGUUCCAACAGGCCAGUCCCUGGGGUGCCGCUGCUCCAAUUCAGCCACAAGCACAGCCGCAGAGUAUGAUGGGAUCGAACGGAACUGGAAUGUGGGGUGCUUCUUCUGGAUGGGCGCCCUCUCAGCAGCAGCAGCAGCCCAAUGUUUGGGGCGCGCCCGUUCAACAGCAGCCGGUUCAGCCGUCGCUAUUCGACACCGGCAAUGUAUGGGCCGCAAGCCCAGGAUCGGCAGCACCGCCAGCUCAGCAGCAGAAACCAGAUGAUGCAUUCGGUGAUCUGUGGGGUAGUUUUAAAUAGUUCUCCACUCACUCAUCAUGACCGCGCGUCUAUUUUACAUGGGCUCACAAUUCGAUUAAAUUCACCGGGAGUUCAUUGCACAUGGACAUGUCACGUGCAAGGACUGUGCUUGACGAGAAGCCGGGUUCGUCUCAAUACUUACGGGGUCAAGGUAUCAUAGUAGACGGAUUCAAUCAGUCGGAUCCCCUCUACAACGUGUCCAGCAAUCGCUGCACUCAUACAUCACAAUAUGAGUGCUCUUAACCAUCCAGAUCCUAUUGCACUGGACCAAUGCACUGAGAAUCUAUGGGGUCCCUUGCAGGACCUGCUGGCCUGAGUAUUUGGACCGGCUUUAAUCCUGGUUACAACCUUCAGCGCCCCCUCAGAGCCAAACCUACUAUGGCAAUAUUCUUCGGCGAUCAGAUUGAUUGAGAGUGAUCUAAGUGUCCAUUGGCUUGAGGCGAUGGAGGAUCUUUGGCCCAGAGUACGUCCUAGAGGUGGCAUCAGGUAAAAAGGAGUUGACUAUCAAAGAACGACCCGGACCAGUCAGAGAGUAAUAGGAGCACGGAGAAACAUCAGGCCAGUGGCAGUGUGGCCACAUCGUGAUUCGUGACACCGACACCGCCAACAAAUCCUUUCCUCCUCCCACCACAUUCUACGCGCACGUCAUGGAAGACGAAGUUGCCGCCCUCGUUAUCGAUAAUGGUUCGGGCAUGUGCAAGGCCGGAUUUGCUGGUAUAGUCAUCAAAUCAACUUCGGAUGGGACUAGAACCCUUUCAUAGGCGAUGAUGCACCGCGGGCUGUUUUCCCCUCCAUUGUCGGACGACCGAGACACCAGGGCGUCAUGGUUGGUAUGGGUCAAAAAGACUCCUACGUGGGUGAUGAGGCGCAAUCUAAGCGUGGUAUCCUGACGCUCAAGUACCCCAUCGAGCACGGCAUUGUGACCAACUGGGACGACAUGGAGAAGAUCUGGCAUCACACCUUCUACAACGAGCUGCGUGUCGCGCCGGAGGAGCACCCUGUGCUGUUGACCGAAGCACCCCUGAACCCCAAGGCGAACAGGGAGAAGAUGACGCAGAUCAUGUUCGAGACAUUCAACGCGCCUGCGUUCUACGUGUCGAUCCAGGCUGUGUUGUCGCUGUACGCGUCUGGUCGGACGACCGGUAUCGUGCUCGACUCUGGUGACGGUGUGUCGCACACGGUGCCGAUCUACGAGGGAUUCUCGCUCCCGCACGCGAUCCUGCGUCUCGAUCUUGCUGGGCGUGAUCUGACCGACUUUUUGAUCAAGAACUUGACUGAGCGCGGAUACCCGUUCACGACGACUGCGGAGCGUGAAAUUGUGCGGGACAUCAAGGAGAAGUUGUGCUACGUUGCGCUCGACUUUGAGCAGGAGCUGCAGACUGCGGCGCAGUCGUCUGCUCUGGAAAAGAGCUACGAGCUUCCGGACGGACAAGUGAUCACGAUUGGCCCUGAGCGAUUCCGUGCUCCGGAGGCGCUGUUCCAGCCUGCAUUCAUUGGUCUUGAGGCUGCCGGAAUCCACGAGACGACCUUCAACUCGAUCUUCAAGUGCGAUCUCGACAUCCGUCGGGAUCUGUACGGCAACGUUGUGCUGUCGGGUGGAACGACGAUGUUCCCGGGUAUCGCCGACCGUAUGCAGAAAGAACUGACGUCGCUUUCCCCGGCCAGCAUGAAGGUGAAGAUCGUUGCGCCUCCGGAGCGGAAGUACUCUGUGUGGAUCGGUGGAUCGAUUCUGUCGUCGCUGAGCACGUUCCAAAACCUGUGGUGCUCCAAGCAAGAAUACGACGAGUCCGGCCCCGGCAUCGUUCACCGCAAGUGCUUCUAAUGCACCGACGUGGUCAUUAUAGUAGAGGAUUAUUAGCAAUCGCGAUAUUAAUGGAAUUACUUGUCGCUAAAUGAGGCUCCA